AUGCCGUUCUACUCGCGAGGAGACGAUGAUCAGGUCGACGAUUUCGAUGAGUACGAUCCAACCCCAUACAGUGGCGGAUACGACAUUGUCUUAACGUAUGGUCGCCCACUCCCACCUUCCGAUGAGACCUGCUAUCCAGCCAGCUCAGCCGGUGAGAUCGACUAUGAUCGCCCCAAUUACUCCUCUUAUUCCGAGCCAUCUGCUUACGCUGAUGAAGCUCUUGAAACCGAAUACAGCAGCUAUGCUCGUCCCAAGCCCCGACCUGGAUCAACAUCCGGAUCCACUUAUGGUGGACCUCAACCGGCUUAUGGAUUCCAGCCUGGAAUGAAUAGGCCCGGAUCGGAGUAUGGGUCUGGUGGGUAUGAGAAGCCGGCCAGUGAGGAGUAUGGGUCGGGUUAUGGUAAGAGACCCGAAUCUGAAUAUGGGUCUGGUGGGUAUGGCAAGCCUCAAAGUGACGAAUAUGGAUCGGGGUAUGGACGGAGACCAGAGACCGAAUAUGGUUCUGGUGGCUAUGAGAAGCCUAGCGAGUAUGGGAGGCGACCCGAGCCGGAAUAUGGAUCUGGCUAUGAGAAGCCGAGCGAGUAUGGGUCUGGUUAUGGACGGAGACCAGAGACCGAAUAUGGGUCUGGUGGCUAUGAGAAGCCUAGCGAGUAUGGGAGGCGACCCGAGCCCGAGUAUGGAUCUGGCUAUGAGAAGCCGAGCGAGUAUGGGUCUGGUUAUGGACGCAAACAAGAAUCGGAGUACGGGUCUGGGUAUGAGAGGCCACAGAGUGAGGAAUACGGAUCUGGUUAUGGAAGGAGACCUGAAUCUGGACAUGAGAAGCCAAGUGAGUAUGGGUCUGUUUAUGGGAAGAAAUCCGAAUACGGGUCUGGAUAUGAGAAUCCAAGUGAGUAUGGGUCGGAUUAUAGGAAAUCCGGAUCUGAAUACGGGUCUGGGUAUGAGAAACCCAGCGAAUAUGGAGGAAGGACUGAGGGAUCUGGGUAUGGAAGGAGGCCAGCGUCUGAAUACGAGGGAGGUGGGUCGGAAUAUGGGUCUGGGUAUGAGAGGAAGCAGAGUUAUGGCGAAGAGGGAGAAGGGUAUGGAGGAAGGAGCCGAUAUGAGAAGCCAAGUUAUGGGAGACAAGAGGGGGAGAAGAGUAUCGUGAAGGUGGGAGAUGACAAUUCUGAUGAUGAGGAGAAGAAGCAUCACCGUUACAAGCAGCGCCACCACAGGAAGAACUACGAUGACGAGUGA